AGCACAUGUGUACUUCCGGUUUAUGCUACUUCACGUUUCGAUUUCGUUUUGGCGAGCAACACCAAACGAAAAUUACUGUAUGCACUUUCAAUAAUGUUACCUCUAUCACUUCUGAGAACAGCUGUAAACCACCCUAUGCUGGUGGAGUUGAAAAAUGGAGAGACGUACAACGGUCAUUUGGUCAGUUGCGAUAACUGGAUGAAUAUCAAUCUACGAGAAGUCAUCUGCACAUCAAGGGAUGGUGACCGUUUCUGGAGAAUGCCGGAGUGUUAUAUCCGAGGAAGCACCAUCAAAUACCUACGUAUCCCCGACGAGGUCAUCGAUAUGGUGAAGGAAGAGGUCAUUCAGAAAUCCAAAGGUCGCGGAGAGAUGAGAGGCAGGGGUGGCCCACAGAGAGGCCGGGGUGGUCGAGGUGCAUUCGGCAGCCGUGGAGGAGGAAGAGGAGGGGGCCGUGGUGGCCAGCAGAGACCUGGAAAGGGGAGGGGUGAUUGAGUGUGAUGUUGUUAGGAGGAGACAGGCAAUAUCUGAGCUAGAUAUAUUGUUACCAUUUUUGUAUCGGGUUGGUUAAAAAAUUCGGCCAAUGUGUACUAGACAUAUAUCAUAUGCUACAAUUUAUCUCUGAGCUGCUUGUGAAUACGAUUUCAAACAUUCUUCCAAGGGUAAAAAGAGUUACAAAAUUACUCCUGUUUUGCAAUUUUCCUUUAGCAAAUGGACAUGUACAAUUACAUGUACUGUUUUUUGAAGAGAAAUAACUCAUUUGUCUUUAAGUAUUUUCUAAGAGAUCAUAGUUAUACAAAAUUCUGCGUUAAUUAUAUAAUGAUGAAAAUGGGUAUUUCCGGUUUUCCUAAGGGCUUUUGGAGACAUCGGUUCCAUUCCGAAUUGAAAUUAUUUUGUAUAUGCCAAAUUCCUUAAAAUUUUUGGUUUACUCUUGCAUGUUUUCUUCAAAAUUCGCCAAAAAUGCCCUAUCCCAAGGAAAUGAAGAAAAGGUCCUAGUUUAUGCAUCAAUCUACAAGAAAUAAGAUAUGCUGCAUACACUUAAGUUUAAUUUCUUAACCACGUCAUCGCCACGACAAAAAGGGUAACAAUACAGGUAUGAAAGUAGGUAUGAUGAAGUGUUAGAGAACAAAUGAAUGUGAAAUGUUGGAAUUAUGAAAGUGGAAUGUGUGUAUGUCUGACGUUGUGUGGCAAGAUUAAUCAUUGAAUGUUGAUCUGACAUGAAUGUAUGUUUGAUAUUACUGUAUGCAUACUUGUAUUAGUGAGAUCUUAUUUUCAUGCCCUGAGCAGUUUCCAUAUCAUUCAUAAGCUACUCUCGAUGAAAAUAUAUUUGAUUUAACAAUAUUUUCACAUCAAAAUUACAUGUAUCCUGAAAAUAUUUCAAACUAGAACAAAUUGGUACCUACUAUUAGUAUAAACCUGUAGGAAAAGCCUUUGUACUACAGUGACAUGCCAUAUAAGUAUUGGGUCACGAAAUAUGUUUACUACAUAUUUCAUGCUUUUUGACAUAUUUUCAAUAAAAAAUUUAUGAAAUCAUUUUUCUAAGGAUUUUCUUAAAAUUCCACACACUAGUAGGCAACUGUAAGCUGUUUUGGCUGAUAUUGUUAACAUACUUUUCCUGUGUUGAUUUUACUGAAAUAGAUAAAUUUAUGCACUAUAACAAAAGUAUGAUGUUUUGUUCUUUAUUUUUAAUGACAUUGCUAAAAUUCUAAAAAAUUGAAAGGCUGCGAAGAAUUAUACAAAUAUUAUUAGAGGAAUGAGCAAACAAUUCUGUAUGUGAAAUUUAAAUAAAUUCCAUUGAAAAUCAAAGCCAUGAAAAUUCAUUGAAAACUUGUCAAAAUGCAUGAAAUAUAUUCAUUACAAUUUUACCAAUGAAUUACUUUUUCUGAUUUGACCAAUCAAAACACUCCUUACAAACGACAAAAUGAAAACCAAAAGCUGAUUCGGUAUAUUUUGCUAUAAAAUGUAAUAAACAGAAUAUCUAACAGUAUCUUCAGUAAUACCAUAUAUAUUUCACUCGUGUGGCUAAUAUUUUGAAAUUUAAUGUAUCAAUUUAAUAUCAAAGUUUAGGCCCCACUUGUGAAAUAUAUUUGGUAUUCCUGAAGACACUGUUACAUAUCAUCAGUGUACAUGUAGAGAAACUUCAUCUGCCUAUUACGAUUUCAUUUUUUUUCUUUAUAGAAAAUGUUACCUGUAUAUACUAAAAGAUUGAUAUUGAUCUUCAGCUCAGUUGACGGCUGACAUUCUGUAAUGAAAUCUAGUUGGACUGGCGAAGCAAAAAUUGUGAUGUUACAGAAUGUCGGUUAGAGAUUAAAAUAAAUUGAUCUUGAAUAUUUACAGGCAAUAGAUUCUAUUUCUUGUACAUUUAUUAUAUUUUAAAUUGCAUAAAGUGAUAUAAAUUGUUACUACAAUUUCCAAAUUCUUCAAUUUGACUACAUUGUUUUCUCCCUUGUGAGUUUUGAGUCAGCAAGAAAAUUGGAUAUAACAUCAUUUUAGUUGUGACAUAACUUUGCACCAAAUGUCAUGUGAAGGUCACAGACAAUUAGACAAGAAAGAAAUUUCUUGGGUACAUAGGGCGUGAGAUUUCCCUGUCUCAUAUAUCAGUACAUACUAGUAACAUAGACUAGCCCGGUGUCUCUGGAAUAUUAAAAUUAUAAAUAAAAUUGCGCUGUAUGAUUUUGGUCCCUAGGAUAUGUCCGAUUCUACCCAAGUUACAUACUAGGGGCAGAAAAUCUAGUAUUAGACUUUAGCUUGGCAAUUCGUAACAAAAAGAACUUACCCGGUAGGGUCUGGUGGUACCCAGUCUAAUGAGUACAUGAAAGGAACCAAAUUGGAAGUUUGCUUGAAAUAUUCAAACUUUACAUACAAAAUAUUAACAGAUAGAUUAAGAAGAGGUGCAACUCCUGAAGCAAGGUUCCAAUUGGUGUAUUCUGCCUUCUUCCAUAGCUGAUCAUGGUUGCCUUCAUGUUACGGCCAUAUGGGCAGGCUGUCAUCAGGGCAAAGCUUACACCUGACCACGGCCUGCUUAUAACUGAUGCUCUGUGUCCUCUACGCAUCCUCCUGGAGUCUAGUAGAUGAACAAAGACAAACAUAUUAAUUUAGCAAGGCAUUGGUUCUUGGAGAAUUUCUCAAAUUGGAGAUUUCAAUACACAAAAUAUGUAUUAAGAUCAUGGAAAUGAAGCUCAAUUGAAACUUUACACACAAAAUAUUCAUUAGGAUCACGAUUAUGAACCUCAAUUCAAACUUAAUUUACACACAAAAUAUUUAUUAGGAUCAAGAUGAUGAACCUCAAUUUAAACUUUACACACAAAAUAUUCAUUAGGAUCACGAUACUGAACCUGAAUUCAAACCUUACACACAAAAUAUUCAUAAGGAUCACAAUGAUACAAGUAUGCUAACAGUAUUUAGAUGUGUAAUCUCAUUUGUGUAUUUUGUUCCAAUGUUCGAGAUAUUUUGAAUAGGUGUGGUUGUAUUUCGUCAUGUAAAUGAAAAGUGCUAUAAUAUAAAUAUAUAAUACUAGUACUUCAUAGCUAGUAUUACUAUAACAGACAGCUACACAGCCAGGAUUAUUUUGUAUCACGGAGACCAGGCCCUAAAAAUUAUUCCACAAAAUAUUUUUAGUUUUGAAUACGGUUAUAAAGAAAAAUGUUAAACAAGUCACUGUCAGUGUACAUAUUUUAGGAGUAGUUUGAUUUUAGCAGUUUUUGUGCUGAAAUGAUUUCGCUUAAUUAUGAUUGUGUUAAUUGUAGCUUCAGUCUAUUGUUUUAUAAGAUGAUCUUAUACAUGUAUAAGCAUUAUACAAUGUACAUGUACGUAUUGUGAAUACGCUUGUGAAUACGCCCACUCACCAUCACAUUAAACUGUGUAAAUUCAGUCGUGAGCUAAAGUCUGAGCUAGUGUACCUACAUCAAUACAUUGACAGUAUAUAAGGAGAUUUUUGGAGGAAAUGGGCAAUUGUCUUCACUAUUAUAUUGCGUUCGAAUAUAACAAACAUCAUCCUCAUAUACUAUUCAUCAUGUCUCCUUAAAUAUCUUCAGGAUGUGUAAAACACAUCGAAGGGAAUUACACACUGACAGUUAUAAGUAUAGGGUCAUACUUUAUGUUCAGAAAUGGAAAAUGGUGCGAUAUCAAGCUUCAAAAUCGCAGGACAUGACAUUGAUUGAUGAAAUUCAUUCAAUUAAAUGCAUCAAAACUGCAUAAUAUAAAUAUACUUUAAAAAUAAUUUUUUGACAAAUUUCUGAUCUCAUCAUCUAUGUACUUUUGCAGUGCUGAUGUACUUUGUUACAAUAAGGCCAGACAAAUUAGAUUCUGUGUUGAAUUUCUCUGAAGACGGUAUCUGUCGAAAUUGUAAAUGUGUUGGAGAUACAGUUAUUUCUUAUUUUAAUUAUUUGAUAAAAAAAAGACAUUGAUUUAAUAAAAAAAAACAAAUUGUGCAAAAUAUGUCAAACCAAUAAUUUUGGUAUAAAAAUAUCUUAGAACAAGUAAUCAGCUUGGCAUGGCCUAACUGUGAUGUGAAACAUGCAUUUUGUGCGUUUAAUCCGAUCAAAUUUCCUGAAUUACCUUUUAAUGAACAAAAGCUGAUUUCCUUCAGUUUUACUCAAACUUUAUAUGAUAGGUGAUAAUGUAAGGAUUAUGGAUGACAUGUUCACACAAAAAAUCUCUUUACAAAGUAAAUUCUUCCGUAUUUUUCACCAAAGCAUCCAUAAUUUGUUUGCAAAUUGCAGUCUUGCCUGUUACAUAAAUGUCUCUGAAUUGGAUUCCCUUGUCAAUGUAAAAAAAAAAAUCCUAAUAAGAUUUGUUAACAGAUUAGGAGAUAAUUAAUUCCAUCUUUGAAAAUUUUCUGAAAUAAAUUCAAUAUUUGAUUAGCUUGGGUGAGAAUAAUACGUAAGGUUAAAAGGUACAGUCAUACAAAAAUCUGGUAUUGUUUUCAAAUCUGUCAGUUGAUCGGAUCUUAGUUCAGACAAGUUCAUCCCUUAUUUCCUGCAUAGGACUGUGUUUUCCCACUGAUCCGGGUCAGCUUAAGUAGGUCUGCAGGGGAUUCAGGAUUACUAAAGCACACCUGUGGCCUCGACUUUUGUUGGCUAAUUAGUCUGUAAAUAUGAUAUCAUUGCUGUUUGGCAUCAAAGGGAUUCUGCUGUCGACCUGUGUAUAAAAAAUGUAUUGCUAGACAUCAGAAUGGCUGAAGACAGCCAAUAUAUACAUAGGUAUUGCUGGAAUUUACGGAAUAUUUCUGUCCAUCACUACAAGAACAUGUUUUGAUAUUAAAAUACACUGAUUUUACAACA